AGGCGAUGCAGGAAUGUGUAACUUUUGGGAAUAGGAAGUAUUCUCAGUCAAGAGAGGAAUUUUCUUUUUUGUCUUCUCUCGCCUAUAAGUCAUUGUUCAUGUUAUCAUUGAUGAUCAAUGAUAACAUUUCAUAAUUAAUCUAUAUAUCAAUUAAGCUUUAUCCAUACAUUUACAUUGAGAUAGUUGUAAUUGAAUAUAUUUCAAUGUACGCGUGUCCUGAUUAAAGCUUAUUUGAAAUCGACUUCUAAUUAUAUUUCGACAACAAAAAAACAAAAUGAUUUUUGGGCGUAUAUAUACGAAUGACUUUCUAUUUAUAAUCAUUCAAAUUUUUGAAUCAAAUAAUAAUAAUUUUUCUUUUCUGUUUUAGAUUGGCUUCAACCAAACAAUAUGAAACAAUUCAACAACAAAUCAGACAAUAA